GCGAGGAGCAUGAAAUUGGAGGUGCUGUGCGGGAAGAUGAGCAGGACGUCCAGUGACGUGGGGUUCCGCUCUCCUCUCUCGGCUGAAGAGGAGUUGGGCUCCGACGGAGACUGCGUGGCGCAUAGUUAUCCACCUGUUUCUCCGUGCGUAAAGUCAAAGCCAUACACAAGGAGACCCAAACCUCCGUUCUCCUAUAUCGCCCUGAUCGCCAUGGCCAUCCGGGACUCAUCCACAGGCCGCCUGACUCUGGCGGAGAUCAACGACUAUCUGGCGAAGAAGUUCCCUUUCUUCAGAGGAAGCUACAGCGGCUGGAGGAACUCCGUGCGCCACAACUUGUCCCUUAACGAUUGCUUCAUCAAAGUACUUCGCGAUCCAUCCAGACCCUGGGGGAAGGACAAUUUUUGGAUGUUGAACCCUCACAGUGAAUACACGUUUGCGGACGGCGUGUUCCGGCGCCGGAGGAAGCGCAUUCAUCAAAUAUUCUCCGGACCAUCGGAGGGGUCGCUGCGCAAGGACCAGCCUCUGAUCACCUCCGAAACAGCCAGAACUGAAAACGGGACUAGAUUCAUCAGUUCGUUUUCUAUCGACAGCAUCCUCAGCAGGCCUUUUGACAGAGACUCAUCGGCCCGGCCUACUUUCAAGAAUCUGCGCGGCGUCGAACUGGCGCAUCCUCCACCUGCCUAUCUUCCGAUGGCUCAAAACCCGUGGUCUCAUGUGGACACUUGAAAGAGGAUGUUGUUCACCAGAGGGUCAGAGUUCGACAUUAAACAAGGACUUCAUGGUUUGAAUUAUUAUUAUUAUUAUUAUCAUUAUUAUUAUACUUGAAUAUAUACACGAUGUAAAUGUUACCGAAAUGAACUGUGAUGCACUGUAGCUUUUAAUCUGGUGUUUGAAUAAAAGCUUUUGUCAUGGUUCGUUUUCCCCAACUGUUGCGUGACAGAGAGCGAAAAAGAGUUCAAGUAAGGUACAUAUUCAAUUUAAUUAAAAAUGUAUUGUGUGCGUAAGAGUAUGGCGUGGAACAUUGUGUUCCACAAACAAUAAGUAACUCAAAAAUAAUAAUAUAAUAAUCUUUAUUAUCGUUAUUGUCAUUAUGAUUAAUAUUAUUAUUGUUAUUAUUAUUAUUAUUUCCAGUUGCUUUCAUUCAGGUUAAUAUCAAUUUCCUUUCCAUGGAUGUGGAUGAGGACAGAGCGUCGUGGGAGGGGAUUCGUUUUUGCUUGAGUGUCCUGCUUCAAGUCUGAUUCAGGCCACAUGGGGAAGGGGCAGUUUCUCCGAGGGAAUAUUAGGAGUACAUCAGCAGAGACGA